AUGUCCUCCAAAAACGGCAGCAACAUCGUAGUCGAGUGGCUCCGGUCCCUCCACCUGGGCCAGUACUCCGACUCGUUCCUGGAUAAUGGCUACGACGACCUGGAGAUAUGCAAACAGGUCGGUGAUCCUGACCUGGAUGCUAUUGGCGUGUUUAACCCAUCUCACCGCAAUCGGCUGCUGCAGUCGGUGCGCACUUUGCGUGAAGAGGGUGCCGCCAGUGUUUACUUCACCCUUGAAGAGUCCGCUGCCAUACAGGAGGAAUGUAAGUAUGCAGCUGCUAAAGAGUGCUCUACCAGCCCUGGCCAUUCUUCUGGCAGCAGUACGCAAGAGUUGCAGCAAGUCCAUUAUGAUGAGUACGAAGAAGGCAAGGCGGAAUUAGUCAGAAUACCCAAACUUCAGCUGAAAUUGUUGCUUAGAGACAAGUUACUGCAAGAUGGGAUACGGCUCAGUUCUCAGCCCUAUACCACUCAGAAUGGCGAACGAGGUUAUUUGGAAGGUUUAGCAUCUCGAUACGCGGAUUUGUAUAACACCCACUAUCGAGACAUUUUGGAGUACCUGGACGAACUUAGGGCCGCCGAGUGGGCUGAAUUAUCACCUCGGAUCACUUUACUAGCACCUUCGUCGCCAUCCCGGUCGCCAUGCAACCUGGGCGGAAAUCUAUACUCUCAUCACUUGUAUGCGCCCGGAAAAUAUUCUCCGUCUAGCUGUUUGAGUGAUCGCGAAGAAGACGAAAUUUACGGGCUUACAACCGCUGAACGACGAUUCUCACCGGCCACUACUGUAGUCCGACCACCCGUACACUUAACUAAUGCUAUCAGACAGCACGCUGUGCAACAACCAUGUCUAAGCCCAAGAUCUGCAUAUUUUUACGAGUUUCCUCCUGCAGAUCGACCCGGUAAAAAGAAGAUCACAUUGACUCGGUUUCUGCGAAACUUCAAGACUCACAGAAGAGAUAAAUCGCGAAGUCAACAAAACGUUUCGGCCAGGGCUAACACACCCGAUUGUUUGGGUAUGACAAUGAUGGAUAACAGAAAUCGUUGUGUACCAAUGCCCGGCAGAAACCAUGUUGGCAAUCCAUCUGGGUUCGAAGAAACCAUUCAUAGGUUGAAAGUUCAAGAAGCUAUGAUCAAGAAGGAGCGUUUUGACCGUGAACACGAAGACAUCCUCCGGGAGAUACGGCAUGGGCUCUUGCGAUAUGGCGGCGCCGGACCUGGAAAACCUCCACGCAACAAUUCGGACGAGACGUACAUGUACGACGAUGACAUGCUCCGGCACUGGUAUGACGAACCACCAUAUGAAUCCGAUCCAGAGGAACUGCUUAUGGAGCAAGCCAACAACAGAGUCUAUUAUGGUUACACCAAACACAGAACGCCGCGAAACAACAAUUCCGGUUCUGUCAUAUCGUUGCGAAGCGCUGGCGACAUAUCGUUGUCCGGAGGCCAUCACAGUGGCGGCGGCGGCAGCAGCAGUCAUUACCGACAGACGGCCACAGGACUCUUGUUGCCGGCUUCCGGUUCCGGUCAACCGACCACUAUAAUACCGUUGAAGAGGCAGAACAGGGAGAGCGGAGACUACGCCACUUCUGACGUCCAAAGUGUUUGUUCUAGGAUGUCGACAUUAUCUGUGGAAACCAAUCGAUCAGAUUAUGAUCAAGAACUUUACCAUAGGCUCAGGAUGAAUGGGAUGGAUACCACAGUUUCUCCUGGCCACAGUUCAGAUUAUGCCGAUCAGGACGAUUCGUUUCUACAAUCACCUCGUCACAGUAAGAGACAACAUCAUAGAUCUAAAGCAUCCUCGAAGCAGCUAAAACAAAAUCAAAGGUCUCAUCGACAUCAUAGUUCUGUCGAAAGUUUACCUAGUACCUCUAGCAUCCAAGCUUUAAUGGGAGCAGCAUCACAAAGUUCUGAAGAAUCGCCGACUUCUUGUGAUGGAACACAGAAGUUACAAGUUUUAGCGUUGGCUCGAGCCAUUGCCAACAGUAGUCCGAAUCCAUACGACAAAGAUGCAUUAAAGUUUAAUAAAGGAGAUGUAAUAUUGGUGACUACCAUGAAUGCCAGUGGAAUUUGGAAAGGAAUGCUUAAAGGCUGUGAUAAAAUAGGUACGUUUAAAUUUGGGAAGGUCCAACCAUUGGUCAACGAAAGCAAUGGGCUUGAAAAAACCAAACAAAGUGCAAAACAUAGACCAAAGUCAUUACUUCAACUUCUAAGGACCAUAGGAAUGGAGGAACAAAUGUCUGUUUUUGCAAUGAAUGGUUUUGGAGACUUGCAAUCAUUCUGUGAGAUACGUGAAGCGGACUUGGACUAUAUGGGCAUAAUGGCUCCAGAACAAAGAGCAAAAAUAUUAGCAGCUGUUCAAGUUAUGCACGAUUAUCAAUCACCAGAAGACGAUUCCAGCAGUACUGAAGAAAACAAAACAGAUCCCAGUUGCGAUGACUCUCAAAAUGGUGGUCAACAUGCAAUUCCUACUGCUGACUUCUCAAAACUGAAGCCGACACCUAAACCACGUUUCUCAACUGACAAUGAUAAUGAUGCUCCUCUAUCAUCACCCGAGUACAAUAAAAAAACACAAAAGUCUGUUGAAGAUCGACAGCACUUUGGUGAAAAUUCUAACACUACUGUAGUAGCUACCAAACUAAAUUCGUGUACUUCUAGUGAGAAGUCUUCGGAUUCUGGUGUAAGCUCUAGUUCAUCUGUGUGUUUCGCUAAUAUGACUCGGGGAAAACACAAUGGAGGAAAUCAAUUAAACAACAAAAACAGUUUUGGAGGACACUUGGUACAGAAUGUUAAAGAUUGAUUGUUUAAAUACUACAUUUAAAGUUGAUUACCUUUUACUAAGUGAUUAGUCAUCACUGAAAUACCAAACAUUAAGAGUCACAACUUAUUUAAAUUAUUUCUUAACUUGCAUUUAAAACUCUUGGGCAUUUUCAUUGAAUUUAAAAAUCAAAAUAGUAUUACUGUUAAGUAUAUUACAUUUUCCUUUCUUUUUUGGAAUUAGCAUUUAAUGUUUCAAUACUAUUAAGAAAUGAAGCUGUUUCAUUAAAAUGCGCUAUUUUAUGUAUAGCCAGUGUUAAUUUAGAUUUUGUGAUAGUGUACUUAAAUACAAUUUGUGGGUCCAUGUUUCUUAGUCUUUGGGAUUUUCGAUUUUUAAUAUUCGUAAAAAAUUAUUUAGUCAAUUUGUUGUUGUUUACGAUUAUUCUUUUCUUUUGUUACCAUAAUAUAUAAAUGAAUAUGAUUGACUUAAAACUAGAUUGGUUUUGCUGAAAAUAAAUGAGAACUGGCCAGAAUAUAAAUAUAAUUAGUUGUUUAUGGUAAAAGCAAACCAAUAGGUUAAUAAUGAUACUGUUAGUAUUUUAGUUGGGUAUUUAGAAUAAUAUAUAUUACAUUUUCUACAAGUGUUUUUUUUUUUUUUUUAAUUUAUUGAAAGUUAUUUCAAACAUUUUCUUUUUUAUGUGUUAAAUUACAAAUUCUUUAUGUACAUAGAUUAUGCAAUAUGAACAAACAA